AUGGGCCCACCACCUCCUUCUCCUAUUGACAGAAGGGAAUCGAUCGUGAGCAGGCCGGCGGGAGGCGGUCGCGGAUCGGCUGCUGGUGGUGUUGGGGACCCGGAUGUAUAUGAGAUUAAGAUUCUGGUUCCUGAUGCUGAGACUCGGAAGAUCAUUGGAUAUCGCGGGGAAACUGUAGACAGAUUGGAGAGUCAUAACAGGAUAAAAAUAGUGUCUGCGACGAGUGGGAACUUCUUCCGGGGAGUCAGAAGCAAGANNNNAACUGGUGGCACGAAUGACCUCAUAUAUUAUGAAACAGGCGUCUCUGCUUCGUUGCUGAAGUACUUUGACGAUAACUACAGAGCGCCUACCCCCCACAAAUUCGAUAGUAGUGUGGAUGAGAAAGAAUACCGACUAUGGGCCAGAUCACGGCAAACCUUCUGGAUAACCCGUCAUAUGAGAUGGGCAGUAGCGGGAGUAUUGCUGUUGGUCGUUGCUAUGACUUUUGUCGCGGUUAAUUUCCAUGGACCUAUCAAUGGCAACACCCUGAGUAUGGUGUCUGGAGUGGUGGUCCAAAUUGCAAGUGGUGUAUUAUUACUGAUUUCCGUUUGCCUUACUGUGAUUUCCUUUGGCAAACCUCGUCGGCUAUUGACUGCUGGGAUGUUAUUCUUCGUAUCUACAUCUUUAUUCUCCUGCGUCUAUGUCUACAACUUCGGCAGAGCUAUGGAGGAUGCUGUUACUCACAGCGUAUAUCGUUAUGGUCCAGUAUUCUCAAGAAUCGUCUGGGUAGCUGAUCCGGGCCUAUUCACCAUCAUAGCGAGCCAUGUUAGUAUGUCCCAUAUUGGUGCCUUACCUUUACUAUGCAUUGACGUUAUUGUCACUAUUGGUGUUAUCGCGAGUUCCCUAUUCUGGUUGGAGAAUUCAUCCGUACUACUGUCCAUGGCCGAUUUGAUUAACUUCAUCAUAGUGAUAGCAGUCGAGGAGUACAAGGGCGGCGCUGGUGGUGGCAGUCAGCAGAUAACGCAGCGGGAGUCUGUUGACGAGGAUCGUACUAUGCGGGAACAUUUAAAAUUCCGAUCGAGGAAGCCCGUCGAUGAAACACUGGCAGUAGCAGCAAGGAUAGUGAGGGAUAACGAGAACAUGAUGUCCAUACAAAGUACAGUAGUUAUCCCUGACAUACCGAGCCACGCAGCUGCCCUUAUCAUUGGCAGUCAAGGAGCGAUGAUUCGCGAGUUGAAGGACUCCAGUGGUGCUAAUGUAGUGGUAAAGGAUCGAGGGGAUGGCCGACGUAACGUAUUGAUUUCUGGUCAUUUAUCGGCGGUUCAUGGAGCGAUGCUAGCUGUGUGUGAGCUGAUACGUUUGGCUGAGGAGAAGAGGAAUAUUCCUGGUGCUAUAUCACAACGGGGAGGAAUGCGGAGCCUCGUAGCUAAAAUGCUCGCACUUAAUCAGCCUGGUCGUGGACUGAGGAAAGAAGAGGAGGCUGUCCAUGAGGCAGUAGAAAUUGGUAUACGGGUUUUGUCCGAAACUGAUUGUCAGGAGCGAUCUCCUGCUGUAGAAGAGGACAACGUUAAACCGUCGAAGCGAGCUCGGUUGGUGGAGGGGGAGGAGGAGCCAUUGUCGACAGAACGGCAGGAGGAGGAGGAGGAGGAGGAGGAGGAAGAGGAUUUGGUCCAUCCCUUGUAA